AUGGCUGAUUUCGUAGAGGUCGAUUUGGUUGGUUUGGUUGGUGGUUUAUCUGGAAACAACACUGGAUAUAUCAGGAGAUGCUCCUUGUUCUACCUUUUGUGGCCUUGUGCCUGUAACAUGUUGCUUUUUGUGGCCUUGUGCCUGUUGCAUUCUUCCUUUUGUGGCAUUUUGCCUGUUGUAGCUACUGAAGAGAAACCAUUAAACCCACCCAAAAAAGCUCACCCCUUCCUACACGCCACCAGGUGCUCAGCCAAAUAUGAAAUCGCCUACGAGUUCCUCCCAUUCCUCCGAGUAUACAAAGACGGCCAUGUUGAAAGGCUUCUCGGCGCCGACUCAGUCCCGGCAACCACCGAUCCUGUAACCGGUGUUUCCUCCAAAGACCUAACAAUCAUCCCAGAGACCAAUGUCUCAGCUCGCCUCUACCUUCCUAACAUCACCACCACCACCAAGGGCAAAGUGAUCAAAAAGCUCCCAGUCCUCCUAUACUUCCACGGCGGUGGCUUCUUGGUCUCUUCAUCCUCCAGUCCCUCCUACCACAAUUACCUCUACAAACUCGUCGCAGAGGCUCAAAUCGUGGUUGUUUCAGUAGAUUUCAGAAGACCACCUGAGCACCCUCUUCCCGCUGCAUAUGAAGACUCAUGGGCUGCACUUCUAUGGGUCGCUUCCCACCGUGACUGCGACGGACCAGAGGAUUGGCUGAACAACUAUGCAGAUUUUAACAGGUUUUUUGUGGCGGGUGAGACUUCCGGUGCUAACAUAGCUCAUAACUUGGCCAUGAUGGCGGGAGGUUGCGGGUCCCGGCUGCAUGUUGAAAUUCUUGGGCUGGCACUGGUUCAUCCUUCAUUCUGGGGUUCGGAUCCUGUCGGGUCUGAGGGAUUGGAUCCGGAAUGGAAGGCUAAGAUGGAUGGAUUUUGGCAGAUGGUGUUUCCGUCGGCACUGGAGAAUAAUGACCCGCGGGUUAACCCGGUGGCGGAGGGUGCGCCGAGCUUGGCCGGGUUGGGGUGUAGGAUGGUGCUGGUGUGUCUGGCAGAGAAGGAUUUGCUGAGGGACAGAGCAUGGCUUUACUAUGAGGCGUUGGGUCGGAGCGGGUGGACGGGUGUGGUUGAGAUCCAUGAGACAGAAGGGGAGGACCAUGCAUUUCAUCUUUAUAAAGAGAGUGAGAAAGCCAAAGAUUUAAUCAAACUGUUAGCAACAUUCUACAACAAGGACAUGUUUCCUUUGCUUUGAUACCAUUCGCUUUGAUCAUUUCACAAGUUAAAUCAAUGACUUUUAAAGUUUUAAGUGUACGUGCUGGAUCUUUGGAACCAAUAUUGAAUAAUGGUGCAAGUGUGUGCAUUUGCUUGCUUGAAAGAAAGAAAGAAAAAAAAUAAUACUAUGGUGUAAUUGUUUGCAUUUGUUUGAAUUAAAAAAAAAAAAAAAAAAAAAACAAAGUGAAUAAUUGUGUUUUGAAAAGAAAAAAAUUGUAUAUCUUUUAUUUAUAUUUUUCCAUUUUGUGUGUUUACAAGUGUAACAAUGUACCAUCAUUAUGUCACAUGCAUUUAUUUAUUUAAUUAUUCAUUCUCAAUCUCUCCAAAGCAGAGACCGCUCGAGAACCUUUUGCUCUGAUGAAUUUG